AUGACUACGAAGUAUCUGGACGCACUCAAAGACCUCGACAAACAGAGAGGCAGCCUAUACAGCCGGCUGAGGGAGGGCGACUCACCUGACGGCGCAGACAAAGAACUACUCGCGCUCAUGUCCGCCGUCUGCAAUAAUCUACGCGAUGCGUCUAUCGAUCCUACUGCGAACGACGCUAUGCCAGAGCUCGCCGCAGCCACUCACAUAGCACUGGCCAAGAUGGUCGAUAUGGCGUACUCGAGUUCCUGCGGCGACCUCUUCGACUCGCUGCCUUCGUAUACGGGCGACGCGGCGCCUUUGAUCAGAGAUCCUGAUCAUGAAGCGAAUCUUGUGAGCUCUAUGGGAACGUUCGGCGACAUGUGCCUCCGUCUCAUGUCUCGCGCGCUCGGCCUUCCCGCGGAUGUGGACAGGGCCGCUCGAGAGGCACUUCCAAGGCCCGCUGCUUUUGACGAGACGCCGAAGCCACACAAUAACACAAGCCCGCUAGCACGAUUCAGAGAUGCGGAUGCUGUCCCUGACAUCCCCUCCUCCGCACCCAUCGCGCAAGCCGUAUACUAUGGCAGCUGCUCCAUCAGCAGCCAUCGACUGGGACCCCGGCCGUGCCUAAUCGCCAACGCGCCGAACUCGGACGUUAUGGCCAUCGCUGCGUACGACGGGGACAGGCAGAUGGACCCCUUCACCUGCUUCUACGACCUGGCUAGCGUCGAGGGUUGGGCGGGCACGCCAAAGAUGCACUACAUCAAUAACGGUCUUCUGGACGUCUGCUACGACAUCGUUGUCGAUCCGACACGCAAGCUCAUCUGGGCGGUGGAUGAUCAACGUGCGAAGAGCUUUCGGUAUAGUGAGGACGGCGAGACGCUUGCAGUGCACACUCUCAAGUGCGGCAAGCGUUCCGGUCCUAUCGCGCUCAUCAACGACGGCUCUCGCAUCCUUCGCGGGGGCAAGGGCGGCGUGGACGUGUGGAAAGUCGACGACCUGCCAACGCACGGCCCGAAGGGCAACCAGCGCAUCGGCAAGGGGAAGAUCUCUCUCGCAAACACCUGGCGCGAUCUCGAGUACGACUACGUCGAGCGGUCUACGGGUGCCCCGCGCGCGUCGUCAAUCGACUUUGACGGCUCCAUCGAGACGUGGCAUAUUCCCUCGUGGUGGCGCGAGGGCGGAACUCUGAAGGCGCUGACGGCGGGCAACGAAGCUAGGACCACGGUUAUGGCAAGGGACUUGGAGGACCAUGGAAAGGUCACGGCGUACUAUACGGGCCAUGGGGGUUUCUUCAACACGAUCACUUCUAGCGAUGGCGACCCGAAUGCGUUCGUCACUGCCACAACCGACAGCCUCGUCAGGCUUUUUGAUGUGCGGCAGCCCCUCCCUCAGCUAACGUUUGAUUGCGGAGAGUCGUCUAUUUCCAAGAUAGUCGCCCAUUACAUGCAUGUCGAUGGCCUACCAGUCGUUGUCACCGGUGGCGAGAACCAGGGAAUCAAGGUCUGGGACCCUCGGGCUCGAGAGCUCGUCUACGAGCUCGCCACGGGCAACAACUCUGUGGUCAGCUUUGUGUGGGACGCGCCCCGGUCGACGCUGUAUGCGGCCACCCGCUGCGAGGGCUAUAACGAUCGCACAGGAAGGCGCGAACGCUAUCGUGAGGCACGGGCUCGUGCAGGUAUCCACGACCACCGUGGUCUGCAGCCGCCGCCACCGCUCCAGCCUGUUGGCGAGGACAACUAUCUCUACGAUAAAGCCUGGCCGAUGCAGUGUGCGCAUGACGAGAAGUACUUUGGGUACGCAUGGGAUUGUGGGGAGCAUCGGUUGAUCCGCUACAAGUUCGGUCUUGACGCAGAGGCGACUGUUGUCCCCGAGUAUGGUGAUGCGUAUCCUUCAAGAGGCGGAGGCUACUCUGAUUGGUGA